AUGGAGGCAAAAGACUUAAAAGCAUAGAUGGAAUAUAGAUAUAUGGGAAACACAGGAUUAAAAGUUUCAAUCGUUGGUUUCGGGAACAUGAUAAUCCAGCACUAAGGCAAUGCUUAGAAAACUACUAAUAGUAUUGUUGCAAGGUGUCUGGAAUAUGGUAUCAAUUAUUUUGAUACCGCCGAAUUCUACGAUGAAGGUAACGCCGAAUCUUAUCUUGGAUAAGCUUUCAAAGAACUCAAAGUGCCAAGAGAAAGUGUUGUAGUCUCAACUAAACUUAUGUUCGGAACCGGAAGUAUUUUCAAUGUCAAGACUCCACCUCCGACAGUUGUAGGACUAUCAAGAAAGCAUGUUAUUGAAGGUGCCCUAAGAUCACUUAGAAAGCUCCAAAUGGAAUAUGUCGACAUAAUCUUUGGCAGUAGAUUCGAUUAAUAUUCUCCACUUGAAGAAAUUUGUAGAGCAUUUUCAUGGCUAGUAGAAAAAGGCUAUGCUCUUUAUUGGGGUGUUUCCGAAUGGCCUAUUGAUGCUACAGUUGAGGCGAUUAAACUUUGUCAUGAAUUGAAUCUGAGAGCUCCAGUAGUUGAAUAAGCAUAGUACAGCAUGCUCUCAAGAGAGAGAUUUGAGAAAGAAUAUAAGCCUUUAUUUGACAAGCAUGGCUUCGGAGCUACUAUUUGGUCUCCUUUAGCAUCUGGAAUUCUUACAGGAAGAUACAAUGAUGGAAAUAUCCCUAAUGAUAGUAGAUUCAAUGACAAUCCAGGCUUUAAACAUUUCGUCAUGUCACAAUUUAUGAACCCAAAUAAUAAGGAUAAAAACGUUAAAAUUUUGAAUGAUUUAGGAGCCUUGGCCAAAGAAUUAGGCUACACUUAAACCUAACUUGCUCUUGCUUGGGCCAUGGCUAGCAAAGAUUCCUCUUCUUUAAUUCUAGGGUUCUCAAAGCUUUCUUAUAUAGAUGAAAAUCUAAAGGCAAUUGAAUUAUACAAGAAAUGGAGCAAAGAAAUUGAAUAGAGAUGCGAAGCUAUUCUUGGGAACUAGCCAAUCCCUUCUAUGGACUAUGUUAUUUUUAGACCUAAUCCAUAAAGAAGAGAAGCUGCUGUUUUUGGAAAGAGACCACAAUGA